UGACAGAUCAUUCAUCAUGUGAACAUCAGUCCACCCUGUUUCUUACUUUUCAAAAGGACUGGCGGUGGGGUUACAAUACUCAAGAAAGAGAGAGUUUAUGUGAGUGUGGUUCUAUACUUACUUUGUGUAUUUGCUUUGUGAGCCUUUUUUGGGGCUAUUGCCAACCAUAUCAUUCUUUUUCCUUUCUUGUCUACAACCCCCUUUUUCUUUAUUUGUUUAAUCUACUGAAUCUUGUUUAUCAGUUUAAGAAGGAUCAUUUCUUUCAAUUCUUCAUCAUCAAUUUCUAUACAUGGCUACUGAUACUGUUUCAUCAGAUCAUCCUACUACUACUGCCUCUGAGCAAGCUGAGAAGGAAGUGCCUGAAGAGGUUAAGACAAUGGAAGGAGAGAGUGUUCUCCCUACCAAGGAGAAUGAAGUAAAACUAAAAGAAGAAGAUUCCCUGAGUCCAGUGGUUUCUUCUACUGAACCAGUGGUAAAAGUAGACGACACAAAAAGCGAAUCAACGGUAAUUGAAGAGCCAGAGAAGAAUGAUGAGGAAGAAAAGCCAAAUUCAGUCGAACCAGACUCCAAGGAGAAGCCUAAUGCAGAAGAACCAUCCCAAGUGCUAACUGAAGAAGUUAAGAAAGUUGAUGAAGAUGAGAAGCCAGUAGCAGACGAAGCAGCCCCAGCAAUAGUCGACGGAGUAAAGAAAGAUGAUGAGGUAGAGAAGCCAACAGUAGAGGCACCACCUUCAGCAAUCAUAGAAGAACUAAAGAGCACUGAUGAAGAAGAGAAGCAAAAAGUUGAUGAGCCACAGGUCCUGGAAAUUGAAGAGGUAAAGAAAGCUGUGGAGCAGAAGCCUACAGCUGACGAACCUGUUCCUACUAUAGUUGAAGAAGAAAAGAAAGCUGAUGAGGAAGGGAAGACAACAACAGAGGAACCACCAGCAACUAUCAUUGAAGAGAUAAAGAAGACAAAUGAUGAAGAGAAGCCAAAAGCUGAUGAACCAAUUCCAACAAUAUUUGAAGAAGUAAAGACAGCUGAUGAGCAGCCAACUAUAGAGGAACCACCACCAACCAUAAUCGCAGAGGUAAAGAAAAGUGAUGAGGAAGAGAAGCCUAAAGCUGAUGAACCAGCUCCAACAAUAGUGGAAGAAGUAAAGAAAGCUGAUGAAGAAGAGAAGCCAACGAUUGAGGAACCUCCAGCAACUAUAAUUGAAGAGGUAAAGAAAAGUGUCGAGGAAGAGAAGCCAAUGGCUGAUGAACCAUUGCCCCCAACAAUUGAAAAGGUAGUUGAAGUUGAUGAAUCACCUGCUCCACCAGCCACAACUCACGAUGAAGAGAAGCCAAAAGCUGAGGAAUUGACAAGCAUACCUGCUACUUCAGCAGAAUCAGAAGAAAAGACAGCAGAAAAAGAAAUUGAGCCUCCUACUCUUGAAGAAGUUAAGAAACAAGAUGAGACACCUGCAUUGGAUGUCACUAGCAAAGUUAUUCCAGAAUUAACCAAGGAACCUGCCCCUGAAGAAGCAGCUCAGAGUAUGCCUGAUCAAGUUGCUGAUGUUACCAAAAGUGAACCAGAGGUCCAAGCAGAGGCUGGAAAUGUUGAAACUGUAGACAAAGAAUCCAAAAUAGAGCUUGUUGAGGAGCCUGAGCAGCAGCCAGCAACAGUUGACAUCGUGGAAACAUCAAUUGAGGCUGUUGAGGACAAGGAGGAGCAAGUAGAUUUAGAGGCCAGUGAACCACAAAAAGCUAAAGAGGCAGAAGUUCUGGAAGCAGAACCUAAGGAAGAAGCUUCAGAACCAGCUCCCAUUGUAGAGGAAAAGCCAACUGAAGCUACUGAAAACGUUGAGCAAGAAACUGCUGCGGCUAUUACCGGAAAUGAAGCAGCGAUUCCAGUUGAUAAGGUAGAAGAGGUCCCAAAAGGGAAACCUGUUGUUCCAGAGAGCUCAAAUCAAGUAACCUCAACUACUUUGGAAACAUUAAUGCAGAAAAUGGACGAGGAAAGUCCUACAGAAGUUGCUGCAGACAAUGUUGUCAUUGAGGAGAAAGAAACAGAAAUGGCUCUAGAGGCUACUGUUGCUGAAGCACCACCAAAAGAAGAGGUGGAAAAUGUCGAAAGAGAAAUAAAGGAUGUGAAAACUGUUGGUCAAGAUGAGAAGGUGGAGAAGAGUGUUGCAACUGAAGAACUAGCUGCACCAGAUGCAAAGGGAGUUGAAACAUCUGAAGUUGCUGAAAAGGCUCCAGAAGUGGAGAUUGCUUCUAGAGACAUUCAACCAAUUGCUGAAAAUGGGAGUACAAAGGAUGACACAAUUCCUACAACUGAAGCCAAUGAAGCUGCAGAAGUUGAGAAGAAAGUGGACGAGAAUGCUACUGCUGAACCAUCAGUUGAAGAGGCUCAGAAGUCGGAGACAGAGACAAAAGAUAUGAAGACUGCUGAAGGCGAGAAAGAAGUUGAAGAGACUGCAAAAACAGAAGCUCCUAAAGAUGAUGAAGACAAGAAAACUACAGAAGAAGUACCAGUAAAGACAAAGCAGUCAAAUAACCUUAUGUCCAAGGUGAAGCAGUCUCUUGUGAAGGCUAAGAAAGCAAUCAUUGGGAAGUCUCCCAGCUCUAAAUCUGAUACAAAGAAUGAAGUUAAAACCAAAUAAGAUAAAAGGGAAGAAACAUUACAAUGAUCAUAAGUGAGUUGUUUUAUUAGUUGUGUGAUCUUUAUUUUUUUUCUUCAUUUUUUGGGUCAGAUAUAUUGGUUGUUGUGUUUGGGAUGUCGUAUGAUUCUAGUGUUUGUCAUAGGUAUUGUAUAGUUGUGCUUUCUCGUCAUAUUUUACUGUUGAUUAAGUUUGUUAGUUUGUGGAGAAACCUAUUCAAUUGAUUGGAUGAUGAUGUACAUAAAGUGUCAUAUUUUCUUUA